AAAAGCUUUUUCCAACCACGAACAAGGUCGAUUAAAACCGUGAAAAAUUUACGAGAAACACUUUGUUUAAGUCCAUGGCGGCACCUUAUGCAUACACAAUUAAUGAUAUUCAAUUUAUACGCCGGAAAAUUUUUCUACACGGCCGGCCUGAUGAACCAUAAUGGAAAAUAAGACCCCGUAUCAGGUCCUAAUGAAUAUUAAAGAUACCUCGGGCGGUCCGUCAGCCGCUCGCGGCUGCGCAUGCUUCGUCCUCUGGGUCGGAAAAGCGUGGAAAGCGCUUUUCAGUACAUCUCGAUCGCGUCACCUCGAGGCUGCGAUACAUCGGGAAAUUCGCCGGGAGCGUCCGAGGAUUCUCGCGGAAAAACAGGUGCGUGAGGUGCUGCGUGGGUGGUGGAGGUUUUCCGGAAAAUUUCGUGGGAAAUUCGGUUGGAUCUUACCGUUUUUGAAAAUCUUCCAGAAUCGGAAUAAGAGGACGUCGGGGGACGAAUUCAAAGGAUAGAGCCUUCGUCACCCCUCCUCCCCACCCUUCUUAAUGAAGACAUUCUGGAAGAUUUAAGUGUUCCGGCAUCUCAACAAUUAACAACAGGGAAACUCCGUCGAUACUAGUGCCGGAUGAAAUGCUAAGAGUAUCGGAAGCAGUUUGAACAUUGGAAAGAGACCGAAUCGAAAAUGGCGAUAAUGCACUCCUGCUGCUGUUGGAGGUCUGUCAGGCAGGGCAGUCUAGCCUGCGGAAUAUACACUGCGAUGUACUACACGGUCAACACGGUCCACUCCUACGUGGUCCUCAACACGGAAUUGAACAUCAUCUUCUACAACUCGACAGCACAGGCACCGGAUUCCUUUAUAAACCCGGACACCACAUCGACGACUUCCGUCGUCUUCACUCUCCUCAUACUAGUGAUCACAGCAUGUGGAAUUUUAACCUCAAUUUUAUUAUUAUAUGGAAUUCACAAGGACUGUAAGAUGCUGCUUCUUCCCUGGGUGGUGAAUCUAGUAGUUUUCAUGAUAUUAGAUAUCGUAUACGUUUUAUACAACCUCAUUGAACACGCGCUCAAAUGGAACCCCUUUAUUUCUAUUCUCAUAAUGAUGGACUUUUUCCUCACUUGUCUACAUAUGUAUGCCUUAUUGUGUGUGAUAUCCCAGUACCAAGAAUUGAAGGCGGGUAGGGGAAGAGCCUCAGACGAUCAGAACUUGAGGAUACCAAACAUCCAAUACAGCAACCACCCAACAGCGACGAGCUAUCUCAGCACCUCGCGCCGACCAAUGACCACAUGCGAUGCCCGUCCUACCCCCACCCAAAGCCCCACAGGACCGGCGCCCUCCCACCCCAACCUAGCCGAAGACGUCUCCCCCACCACCAACCUCAAGGCCAGGAAAUCAGUCAAGUUCCCAGACCACUCCUCCAACCACCAGAACAGCGCCAGGAACGGCUCCCAGCUUUUGGAGCCGUGGACGAUAGAGCUGAAGCCGCCCCUGACUCCCAAAGUGAGCGGCACCGGAAGCGACACGGCGCCGCUCAUAGAAUCCGGCACUGGAGACGGAUCCGGUCCUGGGAAUUUGUGAACGGUGCGUCCUCCGUACUUGGAGACUUCUUUCUAGCCCGGCUGGCUGCCUUUUGCGCGUGCGUGCAAGCGAUUUAGGUUAUGUUUCCGAAUGAGACUGUAUUCGGAGCAGAGGUGAUUCGUGGUUUUUGUACCAGAUUGGGAUGGAACUGACGAACGUACAGUAUGAUCCGGUGAAAUUCAACUCCUUCACAAAGGUCGUUAGUUCGCGAACUUGUAUAUAGUUCAUUGGUCCGUGAACUAGUUUUCUAUGCUUUAGUUCUUCAACUAGUUCUCUCGUAUAGUUUUUUAGUUCUUGAACUAGUUCUUCAACUAGUUCUCUCGAAUAUCUCUUUAAUUCUUGAACUACUUCUUCAACGUCCAACGUUAAGUCUAGUAGGUUCCAGUAUUUCUUUAUGAUUCACCAGUUCAAAACUAGUUCGUCAACUAGGUUUCGCACAGUUCCUUAUUUCGCGAACCAGUUACUUCACAGUUCCUCAGUUCUUGAACUUGUUCUUCAACAUAGAUCGUUAAUUCCCUACUAGCAUUUCAUAUUGUUCGUUAUUUACGAACUAGUUCUUUUUUUGUUAACUAGUUCUUUUACAUAGUUCCUCAGUCCUCGAAAUAGUUCUUCAACCUAAAU